AGAAAGGGCGGGCAAAUAAGGUUUAACUUGCAACAAUCCAAAAUGUUGGAGAAGAAAUUCUCUCAGCAAAAAUAUCUCAUGCCAACAGAAAGAAAAAAUGUGGCUAGGAUAUUGCAGCUUUCCGAGAGACAGGUCAAAACGUGGUUUCAGAAUAGAAGAGCUAAGUGGAGAAGAAUGAAGCAGGUUGUUGUUGUUGGUGUUGCCUGUUGUUGA